AUGAGCAAUCAUACACCAACAAUUCAAAUGAGAAUUACAAAUUUGGGUUUAGAAUUUAUCAGUGAAUUUAUCACCAAAAUUCUCAAUCAACAAUGCAAUUUUAUGAUACCAUUCAUGGACUUAUCAGAUCCAUCAUUACAAAUAAAUAUCACAAAUGCAACUAUUAGCGAAUUUAUUUCGCCAAAUUUAAAAUUGAAACCAAAAUCACCGCAUGGUAUUGUCAUUGAAGCUACCAAUGGUUCAUUGAAAUCACAUUCUUUUUUUACAACAUUUCUUCCACUUAUCUUCAAAACGGUAACAGUAACCGGUGAAGCAGAUGUUAAUGCAUCAAAUUUUAUUGUAAAAUUAGAAAUGGAUGUACUCACAAGAAAUCUUCAUCCAUUAAUUAAAUUACGAAAAUGUGCAAUGAAUAUUAGAAAUAUCAGUGUUGUUUAUCAUUCAAACAGUAAUUUAUUAAAUAUUUUAUCAACGAUGAAAAAUUUAAUGUCACAAAUUAUUGUACGAAAGAUAAGCACUGAGUUCUGCAAAAGAAUGAAUCAAACAAUGAUUGCAAAUGUAAAUGAUAUGAUAUUACGCAUUCCUCAAUACUCAAAACUUCUCGGGAAUUUGUAUACUAAUUACGAAUUUCAGGAAGAUAUGAUUGCCGAAGAGAAUUAUCUUCAAGCUAAUGCUUUUUGGCAGAUAUUAGCAUUUCAACCUUCAUUAUAUAUUAAUAAAAGUUUAAUUAAAAUUAAUACCACUAUACAAUCAUCAUCUAAUGCUUUCUAUAAUAUCUCUGAAAAUAAACAUAUGUUUCAUAUUUGGUUAUCGGAUAAUAUUGCAAAUAAAUUAUUUAAUACAUUAUUUGAAAAUGAAUAUUUAAUACUUUCAAUAGAUCAUAAUUUCCAUUCUGGAAUAUUUGCAAAAUUUUUGAGAACAAAUUGUUUAUUUUAUGAAUUAUGCAUUGGUCAUUUAUUUCCAAUAUUUGCAACAAAAUUUCCUAAUCAAACAGCAACGAUACGUUUACAUGCAAUUAAACCACCUGUUUAUUCUACAACUCCUAAUGGUAUUACAGUAAAUGCUGUAUUAUUAUUCGAAUUAUUCAUUCCAAAUUUUGAAAAUGAAAUUGAUGGAUUUGCUCAGUUCACAACAAUGACCAGUUAUACCAUUCUACCAUCAUUUCAUGAUCAAAUAUUAUUAUUUCAAAUUGUUGAUGCAAAUGUUUCGAUAAUUGAAUUUACUGCAAAUAUAGGACAACUUCCAACUUUAUUGUUUAAUAUGCUUAUGAAAACAAUAAAAGUAAUUAAUUCUUGGAUUGGUACCAUAGUACCAAAAAUUGGUAUCACUUUACCUAUUAUUGGUGGAUAUGCAAUUGAACAAUCAACUUCAAUUGAUUUACUCAAUGAUACAAUGCUUAUCAAUUUGAAUUUUGUGAAAAAAUCUAAUCAGACUUUUUCUUUCAUUGAAAUAAUUUACAGUGAUUUAUAUCCAACAUUUAUAUAUUAA